AUGGGGGACGCGGCGACGCAGGUGAAGCGGGAGCAGGGGGCCGUUUCCUGCUCGUCAAAUGGAGGCGGAGGGAGGCGGCAAUCGCGGCUUCACAACUUCUCCUUCCCCUCCGUGAGCUGGGGGAGCCAUCGGCUGCUCCGGUGCCUGAAGAUCGAUCCUCCGGGGGGCUCCCCGUCUCCCCGUGUCGGAUCGGCGGCCGAGAAGGAAUCCUCCUGGCCUCCGCGGUCUAGAUCGUCCCCAUCGUUUGUGGCCGCGCGGAGGGGGCCUAACCAGGUGGACGAGGAGGAAGAGGAGGGAGAAUAUCUGGCCAGGUUCAGGGAUGUGGUGAUGUCGGAGUUCGGGGAGACCUUUGGGAGGAUCCCGAUCCUUUCCCCCUCGGGGUCGCCGGCGGCGGCGAGGUGUAAAGAGAUCCGGGAGAUGGCUCCGUCGUCGGAGGCGGCGGAGGGGGCCAGGCCGUGGAAUCUGAGGCUGAGGAGGGCCGCCUGCAAUGCGCCGGCGGCGGCGAUGGUGAACGUCGGAUUGCACAAGGCCAAUAAACAGAAUCAGAACAAACACCAGAGUCCCGUCGCACAAGAUAACGCGGGGACCGCGACAAAUUCGGGCCGGGGGCUGAGAUCGGAGGCGCCCGCGGAGGGGAAGGAGAGGACCAGAUUUUCGCAGGUGCUGUCCAAGGACGAGAUUGAGGACGACUUCCUCGCGAUGACUGGAUCUAAGCCGCCCCGGCGGCCCAAGAAGAGGCCGAGGAACAUCCAAAAGCAGAUAGAGGUGAGGCGACGCCGCCUAUGAUCGCCGUCUGCAACUUGGAUUCGUCUUCCUUUCCCGGGGCUAUCUAUCCUUCUUCAUACUUUUUCUCAUCCAAAAUUGUCUUCCUGGUUGAUGAGUGUUCCCUUUUUCUGUACAGAUGAUCUACCCCGGUCUGUACCUGUGUGAAAUCACGCCGGAGUUAUAUCGGACUUCUCAAGGUAAUCCGAUCAAACCCUCCCUCUCAAUCUCCCCAUUUCCUGAUUCCUCCGUCUGGGUGUUGAUGGAGGGGAGCUUCUCCCUCUUCUUCUUCUUCUUCUUCUUCUUCUUCCCCUCCCUUCCCAGAUAA